ACUGGUCAUAAGCAAUGGCAUCGUCAAAAUUUGCUGGUUUUUUGUUCGUGUUAUUAUUUUUUUUGAGUGAGUCGGAAGUUUUUGGAGAAAAGUAUAGUUAUAUUCAAGAUUGCAUCUGGAAAGGUGGAUUCACUGAGAGUUUAACAUUUUUUUGUGGUCGUAAUUAUGUGACCGAUCGUUUUUUCAACUAUAAUCAUAGAAGAAAGCCAUGUAUAAACAACAGAGACGGUUAUAUAAAAGAUGACAUUUUUGAAAUGUCAUUUGAAAACUGCACAUUUACGGCACUUCAUCCCCUCGACAUCGUGGAGUACUAUCGGUACAUCCAAAAACUGGAUCUUUCGGAUCUUGGAUUGAAGACAUUGGCUAGAGUGGACUUUUCUGGACUUCAUGGGAUGAGAUUGAGAUCGUUGAAUGUAUCGCACAAUCUUCUAACCGAACUUGUAGAAGGAGUCUUAGAUGGUGUCAAAUACAUUAAAACCGUUGACUUUUCGUACAACCAAAUCCAAAAUAUCAAUCCACUGGCCUUCUACAAUAACACUAAAAUGGUAUCUCUUGAUUUAUCAAACAACAAUCUUUUAAUGAUUGGCAAUCAGAUAUUCUCUACAUUAAAUCAAUUGGAAAAUUUGUAUCUUCGAAAUAAUAAAAUGACCGACAUAAAAGCAUCGGCAUUCAGCGAUUUGUCAGCGUUAAGCAAAUUGGAUUUGUCACAAAACAAAUUGACAAAAUUAAAUUCAGCCGCCUUUGCCGAACUUACGGUUAGCUCUUUGAAUUUAUCGCACAACGGAAUCACCGAAUUGGAUACAAGACUCUUCAGCCGCAUUAAAUCAAUCAAAAUUUUAGACCUGUCUUACAAUAACAUUUCACAAAUGGAUUAUUCAUUUGUCAAUAAUCCUCAACUCACUGGUUUAUACAUUUCAAACAAUCAAAUCAAAAGUAUAGAUCAACUUGCAUCAACGAAUCUCAACGAUUUUCAGGUGUUAGAUGUGUCAAACAAUCAAAUCAGUGAAUUAUGCGAUAACAUUUUCGAUCGAUUUCCGAAUUUGGCUGACAUCAAUUUGGCAAUGAAUCCAAUAAAAAAAAUGAACGACACAAUUUUUACCAAUAAUGCAAAUCUUUUGCGUUUAAAUUUAUCACAUACUGCUUUGGAAAAAAUUGGAGUGAAAACAUUUUCGAAAACAAAAAAACUACAAUCGCUCGAUUUAUCGGCGGGGAAAUUGAAAAAAUUAGAUUUCAAUAUGUUUUUACCACGUCUUCCCGAAUUAAAAAUGUUCUAUGUUGAAGGCAAUAGUAUUAAAGAUUUAUACGGAUUUCGGAAACAACUCUUUCCCAAUUUGCUGACGUUGGGAAUUCAAAACAAUAACUUUAACUGCUCGUACUUGCACCAAUUCCUCGAUAAAACUAUUUGGCCAGAUUUAUACAUCGAUAUUGAUCGCAUCUAUCCAUUUUCAACUGAAGACGUUAAUGUUGGCGGCAUACGCUGCAAAAAAAUAAAAGUUGAAUUAGUUGAUUCGAGUGAACAAGUAGACGGUGAUGGUGACGAUAGUAAAAAUUCCAAAGAAUCUGAUGCAGAAACUUUAACACAUACGUCAAUUAACGCUGGACCCACUAAAGGCAAAUAUGGAAUCAAACCAACUCGAAGCGGAAGUGGGUAUGUUGCUCUUAUUGCCAUCUUAUGUGUAAUUUCACUGGCAAUAGUUGGUGGUGUAAUUUAUAGAAAUGAAAUUUUGAAUUUUGUCACAACUAAAAAUAUUAUGUAUCGUCAGAAUUACCGCCAAACAACUGUUGAAACCGAACCGGUACUAGCACCUUAAGUAAAAAUAUAUUUUUUUUGUGCAUAAGUUUCGUGCAUGAGUUUUUUUGUAUUCUCUGUUUGCGAGGGUAUAGUAAUUUAAUUGUAAGUUUUGAAAAAUAACAAUUUUGGUAAAUUUAAAAAAUAUUACUAGACAAUAAUGUCAUUUGUUAGAUAGCAUUCGAAAUAAAGACUACCUUUUCAAUAAAUA